AUGGAAUUUUGGAAAAAGAGGGCAGAGAAUGAGGAGGAAAAGGCUACGCGGGUUAUGAUAGAAUUAAGAAAGAAAAGCGCUGAACAUGAAGCUAUGUCUACCAAAUGGAAAACCAAUCAAUCUGAACGUCAAAGCUUAAGAGAAAGAGUACGGGAUCUAGAAGAUGCGUUGCGAGCUCGUCAGCAACAAUUGGAUACUCUCUUAAAAGCCUUGGAAGAAAAGAAUGAUCAGUAUGAUAGAGACACUCUUGCUUAUAAAACGGACCUCCAAGAAAGAGAAAUGCAACUUGGCUUUUUGAUCAACAAAAUCCGUCAAGAAGCUAUGCACGUGGUACAACUAUCAGAUGAAGCAGAGGAUCUCAGUUGCCAAUUCCUGCCGAGCCAACAAUCGAGCAUAUCGGAGUUCUUAGAGCGAGUAAAGAAAUAUAGCGAUAUAGCUAGGAAGUUUGUGUAA